CUCCCCGCAGCCGAGAUGGCAGCCCUGGCCUCCGCCCUGGCGGCGGGGGCGGCCCGCUGUCUGCUGGCGCUGGCCGCGGCUCUCUGCUGCCCGCCGUGCGCCCCGGCCGCCGCCACGCUCAACACGGUGCUCGUGAACUCCAACGCCAUCAAGAACGGGCACUCGGGGCCCGGCGGCGGCGGCGGCGGCGGCGGCGCCGCCGGCUUGGUCCCCAUCUGGGCAGUCAGCGCGGCGCCCGGGGACCUCGUCCUGUUCGACCGACCCAACGGCUACAUACACGUGGACAACAAACACCAGCAACAUUUUCCGUGCGUGGAUGAGAAGGAUUGCGAUCUGGAGGAAUACUGCGACCUGGGAUCCCGGGGCGGCAGCGGCGGCGGCGGCGGAGGAGGCAGCGUCGGGUUGCAGGUCUGCCUCCCCUGCCGGAAGCGCCGCCGGCGCUGCCAGCGAAACGUCAUGUGCUGUCCGGGCAACUUCUGCAGCAACGGGAUUUGUGUGCCUUUGGAUCAGAACCACUUACAUGCAAUAGAAAUGGAUGAGAUGACCACAGAACCAGUGAAUAAUGAUCCCAGUCUCCUGGAAGGCCAGCCCAGGAGGACCACUCCAUCUGCCAAGACCAAAGGUCAGGAAGGUGCCGUCUGCCUUCGUUCCUCUGAUUGUGCCGAUGGGCUCUGCUGUGCUCGGCACUUCUGGUCCAAGAUCUGCAAGCCUGUGCUCAAAGAAGGCCAAGUUUGCACCAAGCACAGGAGAAAAGGCUCCCACGGACUGGAGAUUUUCCAGCGCUGCUUCUGUGCCGAAGGCCUGACCUGUCGAGUACAGAAAGAUCACCUAACCAAUAACGCUUCUCGGCUUCAUACCUGCCAGAAACACUGAAGUGCCCUUGUCAGCCGUGGCUGGCCAUGGAUUUGACCUUGAAUCUCCCGUCAGCCAAGCCUUCAGGGGUGACACGUUCAGUGUUUACAGUUGCACUCUCCAAAUUCCCCUUCCGGAAGCCUGGAGUGCAAAAAAAUGGCUUUGUUUCUGUAGGGAACGAACUCUAUCCUGUGACUAUUUGCAGUAAAUUACUGUGUUGUAAAUAUCCAAUGUGGCAUUUCCCUGUAUAUGAUCCCAAACUUUUAAUUAUUUUUCUAAAAGUGCCACAUGGUCUGCAGUUUACCCAUGACAUGUAAAUUUUGUACACACUGGUGAUGUUAUCUUGAGUCUGAUAAAUUUUCUAUUUUUAAUUGAAAUAAAUAGUUUCU